AUGGGAUUAUCGAAGUGCUGGCUUCUGCUGGGCCUUCUGCUGAACAUCUCGGGAAUCUCACUGGGAAAAGUCUACCCGAGGGACAUUUUCCGAAAGAUCCCCCGGUCUCGACGCCUCUGGGGCGGAGUGUCCUCGAACACGGGUCCCAAUUUUGGAGGCUGGCUGCUGCGUAUCCUGAACAGUGAUGGGAACUUUGUGUGCGGGGGAGCCUACUACUCUCCGCUAAUUGUGAUCACCUCAGGCAACUGCAUAUAUCCGUAUCGGAAUAGUAUGGAAGGACUCACGGUGGAGGGCACCGCGUUUUCCAAGUGCGACAAGGAGAACAUUGCUGAGAUCGAUACCAUUCAGUUUCCCGAGAGAUUUGUCUACCGGAAACUCUACAUGGACGUGGCCCUGGUGAGGCUAAGGGAUCCGAUCAAGGGUCGACUCACGGAGUUUAUAAGGCUGUGCAAUAGGAAAAUUCGACCGGGCAUGCGGAUGGUGGUCUUUGGCUGGGGUUACGACAGUGUAAUCGUGCAGCCACCCUCUUCGGAUCCCCGCAACUCUUCAGUCAUGAUUAUAUCGACAAAGGAAUGCCGCAAAAGAUUCAAAAAGGACCUGAGGCUAUCGAGUACUUCGGUCUGUGUAAGGCAACCCAAGAAUCCCAGGCAAUGCCUUUACGACGGCGGCAGUCCGAUGAUCUACAACAGGGAACUUUGCGGAGUUGUGUCCUUUGGUUCCCACUGCCAGGACACCUCCAAGCCGGGCAUGUUCACCAAUAUCAGGAGGGUGAAGAGGUUCAUUACGGAAACCGAGGAGGGCAUAAAUGCCGGCUACAUCUUCAGGACCGCCCAGCUCGAGAAAAAAGAACCUUUAAAAGACGACGAAGAGGAACCUCUAAAAGUCACGGAAAAUACACCUCCAAAAGCUGACGAAAAAGAAUCUCCAAAAGUCAACGAAAAGGAACCUCCAGAUGUCACAGAAAAUACAUCUCCGAAAGUCAACGAAAGAGUAACUCCAAAUGUCAUGGAAAAUACAUCUCCGAAAGACAGCGAAAGUUUACCUCCAAAUGUCAAAGAAAUUACACCUGCAAAAGUCAAGAAAAUUGUACGUCGCAGGCUCAAGAAGAAAUUAGUAAAAGUAAAAAGAACGGAUUCAAAACUCUUGCCAAGGACAACCACAAUCGACCCGUUGGAAGCAAUGGUGUGCUGA